GAAGCUCCGAAAGAUCUGAUAUUUGCCUCUCAACUUCACUACUACUCACUCCCUAACCCCAACAACAACAACUCUUCUUUUUUCCGGCGAAAUCAAUGGCCGCCGCUACUAUUUCUUUGCUUUCCAACGGCGAUUUAGCUUCUUCUGUCAAGUCACCGGAAACCGGUCGUUAUCCUUCCGUUUACAGUGAAGUUCAAAACAGCCGUUUAGAUCACCCUCUUCCUCUUCCUUCUGUCCUCGGUAGCCCUUUCAAAGUCGUUGAUGGGCCUCCUUCUUCUGCCGCCGGUCACCCAGAGGAGAUUGGAAAGCUUUUUCCUUCCCUAUUCGGACAACCAUCUGCAUCAUUGGUGCCCGAAGAUUCUGGGGAUGUUGCAAUGAAUCAGAGUUUGAAAAUUGGGGUGGUGUUAUCUGGAGGCCAAGCUCCCGGAGGACAUAAUGUCAUUUCUGGAAUAUUUGAUUUCUUGCAGACUCAUUGCAAGGGAAGCACAUUAUAUGGAUUCAGGGGUGGACCAGCUGGGAUCAUGAAGUGCAAGUAUGUGGUGUUGACCCCUGAAUAUAUUUACCCAUACAGAAAUCAGGGUGGAUUUGAUAUGAUCUGCAGUGGCAGGGACAAGAUUGAGACUCCAGAGCAGUUUAAGCAAGCUGAAGAAACAGCAAAGAAGCUCGAUUUAGAUGGACUUGUCGUAAUUGGUGGAGAUGACUCCAAUACAAAUGCUUGUCUUCUCGCUGAAAACUUCAGAAGUAAAAAUUUGAAAACUCGGGUUAUUGGAUGCCCAAAAACCAUAGACGGUGACUUGAAAUCCAAAGAGGUUCCCACAAGUUUUGGCUUUGAUACGGCAUGCAAGAUAUAUGCCGAAAUGAUUGGAAAUGUCAUGAUAGAUGCUCGAUCAACAGGAAAAUACUAUCAUUUUGUGCGGCUCAUGGGGCGUGCUGCUUCACACAUUACUCUAGAGUGUGCUUUGCAAACUCAUCCAAACAUUACUUUGAUUGGAGAAGAGGUAUUUGCAAAGAAACUGACUCUUAAGAAUGUUACGGACUAUAUUGCUGAUGUGAUCUGCAAGCGUGCAGAGUCAGGUUACAAUUAUGGAGUGAUCCUCAUUCCCGAAGGACUUAUAGAUUUCAUUCCUGAGGUUCAGCAACUCAUUGCGGAACUAAACGAAAUAUUGGCUCAUGAUGUCGUGGAUGAAGCUGGUGUUUGGAAAAAGAAGCUUACUCCUCAGUGUCUUGAGCUCUUUGAGUUGCUGCCCCUAGCUAUUCAGGAACAACUGCUGCUUGAGAGAGAUCCACACGGAAAUGUCCAGGUAGCUAAAAUUGAAACUGAGAAAAUGCUUAUUCAAAUGGUUGAAACUGAAUUGGGUCAGAGGAAGCAGAAGGGUGCAUAUAAUGCUCAAUUUAAAGGACAAUCCCACUUUUUCGGUUAUGAAGGAAGGUGUGGCUUGCCAUCCAAUUUUGAUUCCACAUACUGUUACGCGUUGGGAUACGGUGCAGGAACACUGCUGCAAAGUGGGAAGACGGGGUUGAUAUCAUCGGUUGGAAACUUGGCUGCUCCAGUUGAAGAAUGGACCGUUGGUGGAACAGCACUCACUUCAUUGAUGGACGUAGAGAGGAGACACGGCAAGUUCAAACCGGUGAUCAAGAAGGCUAUGGUGGAGCUUGAAGGUGCUCCAUUUAAGAAAUUUGCUUCAAAGCGGGAAGAGUGGGCUCUUAACAACCGAUACAUUAACCCAGGUCCCAUUCAAUUCGUUGGUCCAGUGGCUAAUAAACUAAACCACACUUUACUUCUGGAGUUGGGAGUAGAUGCUUAAGAGAAGAGAUAUGAAUCAUUGUGAAUUCUAGUUCUUGUACUGUGGGUUUUUUUACAUAAGCAAUUAGCACUUAUGUUUAAGUUUUAUUGGCGGAUUAUCAUUUAUCUUUGUACUAGGCAGGUUGAGUUGAGAAAGAAUUGGUAGCUUGCACUUAUUGUUGCAGCCUAUCAUGGUAGUUGUUUUAUCUUUGAUUUAACAUAUGCUUGAUUAUAGAUAUCAAUUUAGUGUGCAAUUUGAAUAAUAUAACCUCUUCUUUUGGGGGUCAGGUUUUAUUGGUCUUACGAAAUUGAGAUGUGUUCUUUGA